CAGCACUGGCAAUCAUAGGUCAAAGAUCAGCACAUUCCUUCCCAAUAUGCCCCGUAAUGGCACUUCCUCUCAUUUCUCCCUUGGGAUUCACUAUGACCCCAGCAUUGUCUUCGAAGAACAUGAAGACUCCAUCCUUUCGGCGGAAGGGUUUGCGCUGGCGAACGAUGACGGCGAGCAUAUGACCUUACGGAGAUCAGUCCCCACCUUCUUCCGAUUUCAUCGUUAAACUGCGCCUCUCCGCCCAACCCGAAACAUAAAAAGGCCAAGUGAAUAUAUAUGAUAUAUUCUUCGUAAAGAACUUCAAUUCACUCCAACUGUGUACAACGAUUAACCCAAUCAGCUAAAUCUGAAUCUCAUUCUUCAUGCUUUUUGAUGGCUUCACCCGAGAACAUUAGUCAAUGGUUAUCCUCGGAUGUUGAAACCUUUGACUGGCCUCCAAUGUGUUGGAAGCCUAAAGUCCCGGAACUACCUCCUCCUCCUCCUCCUUCAAACCCAGGUUCAAGAGACAGAAACCAUAGAACGGUCGCCGGUUCUUGUUUCAUCCUUAAUAAAGCAAAAGAGACAUGGGACAAACUCUUCAAGGAUGGGUUUGGAGCAGAUGUACAUAUCAUGACAGAGGAUGGAUCAAUUAUUCCAGCUCAUUAUAGUCUUCUGUGUGCUGCUUCACCGGUAUUGGGCAAUUUCCUGAAGCAAUGUGAGAUGAACAAUGGCAUAAGAUAUAAAAAGGUCCCGGGCAUGCCUUAUGAUGCUGUCCGCAUCUUCAUUCGUUUUCUUUAUUCUGCCAGUUACGAUGAAGCAGAGAUGAAGAAAUUUGCUCUUCAUCUGUUAGUUUUAUCACAUUCCUACUCGGUGCCUUUACUUAAAAGACUAUGCGAACAUAUUAUAGAGCACGAAUUGCUCAACUCAGAAAAUGUUAUAGACAUGCUUCAGUUAGCAAGGAAGUGUGAUGCGCCACGGCUCUCAUUGAUGUGUACCCGGAUGGUUGUGAUGGACCUCAAAACCAUAUCAUUGACCGAGGGAUGGAAGAUGAUGAGGCGUUCAAAUCUGGCACUCGAACAAGAGCUUUUAGAGUUUGUAGUUGAUGCAGAUAGGAGGAAGCAAGAGCGGGCGAAGAAGACUGAAGAGAAAAAGGUAUAUCUGCAACUGUACGAAGCCAUGGAAGCUCUAGUUCAUAUUUGUAAGGAUGGGUGUAGGACAAUCGGGCCACGAGAUAAGGUACUGAAAGGAGGCCAAGGUCCUUGUAACUACCUUCCUGCUUGCAAGGGACUAGAGACUCUGGUGCGCCAUUUCUCUACUUGUAGGACCAGAGUCCCCGGUGGGUGUGUCCCCUGCAAACGGAUGUGGCAACUUCUUGAACUCCAUUCGCGCAUGUGCAAUCAACCUGAUUCUUGCUGUGUUCCCCUUUGCAGGCAUUUUAAGCAGAAAUUGGUGCAACAAACCAAGAAAGGGGAUGCGAAAUGGAAGGUAUUAGUGAGCAAAGUGCGCGCAGCAAGGCUUGGACUCGGACCAUUCUCAUCUCGGGGUUCAGCUCUUUUGUGACCUCAAAAACUGUACAUAUAUAAAUGAUGAUGGUUGGAUGGAUGCUUCUUCUUCUUCUUCAAUAAGAAAUGGUCAAAUAUUUUGCAGACCAAAUUGUAAGGUUAUAGGAUAUACGGAGUAUAAUCUGUCAUUAAAAGAAACUGUGUAAGGGAUG